GUGAUUGGCCUUGAUGCUCACUCGCCCGAUAUGGAAAGAGGACAAUACCAGAAUGUCGUAGCGUAUAUGCUUAUAAGAAAAUGCCCGGUUUAACUGUCAACAUUCUACCAAUACAUCCCUUCCAGCGGUGAGUUCGAAUGUCAGACAUGCUUCAAGAUACCAAAACUCCAGUCCUGCACGGAGAGUCUCCUUCUCCUACCCCUCAACUAUAUCGGCACACAUUCUUCUCCACAGAAGGCACCGGCGCACGAAAAUCACUCGUUCCAGCGAUCAUACUCCCCAUAUUCUACAAUUCAAUUCUCCUCUGGGCGUGUCUCUCGCUGUUCUUCGGGUCUCUACUUAAAGCCAGCGAUAUAUCCCGAAUUAGCGUCACAGCUGUCAAUCUCGAUGAUGGGUCUUUCGGUCAAGGACUGGUCAACGGCAUUAGAGAAAGCUUGGAAAGGCCAGGCCCGAGUUUGGAUUGGUACUUUGAUGAGAAAAGUAUAGAACAUGGCGAUGCUUGGAGUAGAAACAUGAUACUGGAAGAGAAUACCUGGGCUGUUCUGCAGAUCUCUGCCCAUGCAUCCUCUAGCCUACGAGAUGCUCUUUUGCAGGGAGAUUCAUCAUACGAUCCAUUGUCCGCAGUGACACUUUACUUCGCGUCCGCUCGGCAGCAGGUCACUACACUCUCGGUUACCGUACCGGCUGCGAUGGGUCUUGUCAGCCAGGUGCUGUCUGAGCUUGCUGCUAAUUCGACUACGUCCUUCCUGAAGGUGACUGAGAAGGCGGGUAGCGAGGUCUCAUUAUCAACAGCGCUUCGAUGCCCGCAAUGUCUUGCUUCACCGUUCGCUGUGAAGCAGGUGGACCUCAUCCCGUUCUCUCCGCCAGUGGCAUUUGGGACUCUCAAUAUCGGACUAGUGUUUCUGCUAACAUUCACAUUCAACAUCUUCACCAUCCUCCGCGCUGGCGCUGAACUCCAUGGCCACCUCUUCACGCUCCGCACAACGCUCAUCUUACGCACCGUUUCCUCGUUGUCAGCCUACUUCUUCCUUGCUCUGAUGUACACUCUCGGCAUGCUCGCCUUCUCCAUCCCAUUGACGGGUCACUAUUCUACCUCUGGCGCUGGUUUCAUGGCCCUCUGGAUGCUGAACUUCUGUAUGAUGGGCGCAUGCGGUCUCGUCAUGGAAUCUGUCUCUACAAUCAUUGGCAUACAAUGGGCCCCCUUCUUCCUCAACAUCUGGCUUAUUACGAAUGCAAGUGGGGCUUUUGCAAGUUUUGAAUUGAUGGCGGAAUUCUAUAAGUUUGGAUACGCUAUGCCGUUCUAUCACUGUAUUCGAGCAACCAGGACAAUCGAGUUCGGCACGAAAAGCCAUUUGGGACUCAAUUUCGGUGUAUUGAUAGUGUGGAUGGUGGUGGGUUGGGCUGGUAUAUGGCUUAGCACGGCGUGGAGAAUCAGAAAAGGAAGAAGGACUGGAGUUCACCAAGUGCCAUAAGAGGAAUUCCAAAGCGCCUACGCUCUAGUUGAACUGCCGCUGGCUCUGUGAAGUACGUUGAGUGCACUGAAGUACGUACAUAUAUGCUCCCGAUACCCCUAUACCGUUACUGCGAUCUUGAGUGACGUUGGAACCCUUCUUUCUCGAUGAAAUCCGAGGCCCCGUGGUCCAUC